AUGGCCAACCAUCACGCGCGGGACGGGCCAAGAUUUGCUACGGGUGCCGGACCUUGGUCGAGCAGGGACAACAGAAGUUCAGAUUCUUCAACCGAGCGCGAUUACCAAAAUUCCGACCCCUCAUCUUAUGCGCAUUCCAACCCGCCAUCCAACUCGAACUCGCGAUCCAUCCGUGAGCGCAAUGACAGCCCCGAUACUCGCUUGAAUGGCUCCAUCGAGACGUCUCAGGAGGACAUGGCCCCGCCCAUGGCGUAUUGGCAGGCCAAGCGGCAUUUGACCUGCGGAAACCCAUCUCCAACUCCACCUUGGUUAUCAAAGCCCCCACCAUGGCGAGGCCAUUCGCCGGGAAAGCUCAAGACAGCAAACGCAGCGCUGGUCAUAUGUCUCAACAUCGAUGUCGACCCCCCUGACGUAGUCAAGACAAAUCCUUGCGCUAUAAUGGAAACAUGGAUCGACCCGCACACCAUGCCGUCCCACAAGGCGCUGGAAGCGAUAGGAACGAACUUGCAGCAUCAAUUCGAAGGUUUGAGCAAUAAAAUGGUAUACAAGCCCAUUCUGGACCCGUGCUUCGAGGAUUUGAGCCGGUUCUGUCGGGCGCUGCGCAAGUCUGCGAAAGAGGACGCGGUUUUAUUCUACUAUAACGGACAUGGCGUUCCGAAACCGACAGCGAGUGGCGAGCUGUGGUGUUUCAAUAAGAGCUACACCCAGUACAUCCCCGUCUCUUUGUCCGAGGUUCAGACAUGGCUCGGGUCACCAGGCGUGUAUAUUUGGGAUUGUUCGGCAGCAGGUAAUCUGCUGACAAAUUUCAAUAUCUUUGCGGAAAGGAGGGACAGGGAAAUCCUUUCGAGUAACGGCAUUAGGACUGAUGGGUCGGUUAUCCAGCCCUACAUGAGUUCCGUGCAACUAGCGGCUUGCAUGUCGAACGAAACACUGCCUACAUGCCCCGAACUACCCGCCGACCUCUUCACCUCCUGCCUCACGGCUCCCAUCGACACCGCACUCCGGUAUUUCCUCUUGACCGUAGACCUUCCCGCUGGCGUUACCCCAAGCAUGGUCAUGCAGAUUCCUGGAGAUCUUAAAGACAGACGCACACCAUUGGGGGAGCUGAACUGGAUAUUUACCGCGAUCACAGACACUAUUGCGUGGACAACGUUCUCCCGCGAACUCUUCACGCGUUUAUAUAGGUGCGAUCUGCUAAUCGCGUCGCUGUUCCGAAACUUCCUACUUGCAGAGCGGAUUAUGAAGAGCUACGGCUGUACGCCUCACACACAUCCUCCGUUGCCUCCGACCAACACGCACAAUAUGUGGACCGCCUGGGAUCUGGCUUUAGAUACUUGUAUUCGACAACUGCCCAAACUCUUAAACAAACAAGUCGACAUUCCUGUUUCACUCACACCGACGCCUGCACCUGCUCCGUUCCCUACCAUGUCCCUUGGGCUUAGAACAGGCCGAGUGGGUUCAAACCCGGUGAACCCCGAUUCAUCCAAGCCAUACACCUACGUAAACAAUAAGUUCUUCACUGACCAGUUGAAGGCAUUCAAGGUGUGGAUUUCUAAAGGUGGCUCUGCUCUUACUCGUCGCGGCCGCGCUGGAUUGCCUACUUCAAAUGACGUACCGAAAGACUUGAGCGACAACGGGAUGGUCGACGACCAGGAUCUACAACAAUACUCCCGCUUUGUUUGGAGCUCAGAGCAUCUGGUUCCUCGGAAGCCCCCCGACCAAUUACCCAUCGUCCUACAGGUCCUACUAUCUCAACCUCACAGAUUACAGGCACUUAUCCUUCUUUCCCAAUUCGUCGAUCUCGGUCCCUGGGCAGUCCACUUAGUACUUUCCAUCGGUAUUUUCCCGUAUAUACUGAAGCUGCUUGGAGCGGCUGGGACGGAGCUCAGACCCGUGCUUAUCUUUAUCUGGGCGCGUAUCCUCGCAGUCGAUCACACCGUCCAGCAAGACCUCGUCACGACUCCAAGCUACCUAUACUUUACGAAGGUACUAUCCCUUAAGGACGAUGACACGAGCUCUCAAGCCGCCCUCCCCAACUCCUCUGAACACAAAGCCAUGUGCGCGUUCAUUCUCAGUGCGAUUGCUCGUGGAUUCCCCCACGGGCAGAGUGUCGUUUUCAAUGAACACGUCUUCGAUUAUUGUCAUGAUCGGCUCGACUCGGAAGACUUCCUGCUUCGUCAAUGGGCCGCAUUGUGUAUUGCCCAAAUUUGGUGCGGAAACGACGAGGCAAAAAUCUACGGCGUUGAUCGCGGCUCGCAAGACACGUUCCUUUCCAUGCUAACCGAUGACGCGUGCGAGGUUCGGUGUGCUGCCUUGUAUGCCCUUGGGACUUUUAUGGGGGCGAGUGGGCGCCGACUUGAAGGACCUGACGAUCUUGGUGGAGGUGGGGGUGGGACUGGCUCAAUGCACCAUUUGGAUGAGGUUAUACAUUUCAGAAUGGAGGUGGCGGUGGUUACCGGUGCCUCGCUAGCCAUUCAAGACGAUGCCAGCCCAAUGUGUCGAAAGGAGUUAGUAGUGUUGAUUAGCUGUCUGGUAAAGGAAUGGCGGGGUUGGUUUGUUGUUUGCGCGUGGGUAUACUGGGAAGAAGACAGGCGAUGGCGUGCAGGUGCUAUGGGUCAUCACGACGACGAUAUCACCGGUCAAGCAGUCUCCGAGUGGUUAGACAGCGUCAGCGACGACAAUGAAACAAUCAGGGAGGAAUAUCGCCUCGUCGUGACAUCAGUCUUCACCAUCUAUGCCGUCCUCCUCGAUCUUGCCGUCGAUCCAUACCACGAGGUCGCUACCAAUGCGCAAACGGUGGUAGACUACGUAACUGCGCUUCUGUUGGAGUCGCCCUUCACAAGAUUGGAAGGAUCUACCUUGGACACGCCACCCAUUGAUGUGAACACCAGAGCAGCGACCGGUUCCUCACCACAACUUGGUCCUCGCGCUAGAGUCAUGUCAACUACGCGCGCAGGCUCCCAUCUUGCCACGAACCCCCCUUCUCCGAACCCGGCGAGGCCUGCACUAUCGAGGAGCGAAACAAUGACAUCUACAAUUUCUUCCGGCGUGUCAAACACCAUAAAGCGAACGUCAUCGUUCGCUAAUGUGCUGAAGAACCUAGCUGGAGGCAUUGCAUUCCCAUCAACUGAGGAGCCAGCCCCGAAUUCGCCGAAUGCUACACUUGUGAACACAACGGCGGGGAACCCCAUCACCAAUGGCACCUUCCACGGAUUGAGGGAUAACUUCGACGUCUCGAGGCCACCUUCGCCCAAUCUCAACUUCGCGCAAUAUACAUCACCGUAUCCCCGAUCUUCGACACCCCCGAUGCGCCACUCCUCGCCUUCUGUGCGAUCGUUGUCGAGCGAAGUCCCUCAUUCUCCGGUGGACAUAUCCGCUUGUGAUGUGAUGGAUGCCCUAUUUGAGGACGACAUGGAGCGCUUACGUGCGCGUCGUAGGGCUGCUCGCAAAGCUGCCGAGAAGCAUCAUCACCACACCAGCCACUCUAACCAUAGCAACGGCUCAUCGAGUCCAUGUAACAGUACAUUUUCUCAAGACUCUGGGAGCAGCGUCAUCCUGGGGCUUGGCUAUGGUGCGGGCAUCAAGGACAUACUUCCCCUCAGAAGUGCAUUCUACGAUUGGUGUUGUGAAUAUUUCACAGAGCCGCAGAUGAGACAAACGGAGGCCGAUGAACCUGGAAGUAUACAAUAUAACUACCAAGUAUGGCGACAGCAACGGAAUGAGAAUAUCAUCGAUGAAACGACGAGGCAAGCUGCGAUUGCUGAGAAGUGCCGAUGGGACCGCCCAGUGGCUAGUUUGCAUAUACAAGGUCACCCGCUCACUAUGGCGUUCCAUGCCUACGACCAACACCUGAUCAUCGCAAACGAGGCUGAUUCGGUGACUGUCUGGGACUGGUCUCAGAAGACGAAGCUUAGCCAGUUCUGUAACGGUAAUCCCAAGGGCACCAGCAUAACUUCUUUGCAUAUAGUAAAUCAAGACGUUGGUGGUCUCAUUUUGACUGGGACUUCCGACGGUGUUGUUCGCCUGUAUCGCAACUAUGACCCCACUAUGGACCAAGCUCCUGUGCAGAUGGUCAGCUCGUUUAGAGGCUUGCAAGAUAUACUGCAGGUCCCUCAAGGAAGCGGCAUGGUCACGGAAUGGCGUCAGUCGGGAGCGUUCUUGUUCGCAGGCGGGGAUUCGAAAUCCAUUCGAAUUUGGGAUGUCCAUAUGGAAUCGCAUCAUGCUGAUAUCAGCACCGAGGCAGAUAGCCCAACGACUUCAAUUGUCUCCGACCGCGGUACGGCCCACGUUUUCGCCGCCAGUUUCGCGGAUGGAAGCGUUAGGAUAUUUGACCGCCGGAUGGCGUUCGAUAACGCUGUCGUCAGACAGUAUUCUGAACAUACAUCAUGGGCGCAAAACGUCCGGUGGCAUCCAACCUCUGGCGGACAAUUCUUUUCGGCCAGCCUGGAUGGGGAGGUCAAACUUUGGGAUUUGCGAGGCUCGACAUCCUCUUUGAAGACAUGGAAUCUGUUGCCUAAUGGCAUAUCAGCUUUCGACGUGCAUCCGCAUACCCAUGUCUUUGCAGCCACAUCUGCUGUCACACCGGUAUACUGGAAGUCGCAGCGCACUGUGGUUCAUUCGUUCGACCGGGAACUCUCCAAGUUCAACGUUUCAACUGGCUUGAACGUGUAUCCACCGCGACCUCUUCCCAGCGCGUACAUUCCACGCUCGACUUCCUUGGUUUUCCAUCCCACUGAGAUGUUGUAUGGUCUCGGGGAACCGGAUGGAACGGUCCGCAUCAUUGGCUGCAAACUGAGCCAAACCUAA